UUUUUCCUGCUCGUCUUGUUUUCAUGAAAUGACGGGACGCGAGAACAGCUAGCUGCCCAUUGUACGGCUCUGUCACUACAAGGAGAGGAUAGCCUUCAACAUCAUGGACGCAUGUGCACGUAUUAAAGGGGCCCCAUUAAAGAACCGUUCCACCAUGAGGAAGGAGACAAUCCGCGAGGGCUCGCACCCGUGCCUAAAGAGCCUUUUGAAAUACAAGAAGGAGCUCUGCAAUGUGGUAGUGGAUCUACAUAAUAAGGACACACAUUGUCUUUCCGAAGUACAUUAUGUAUGCUUACCUAGUCUUUCUCAGGGGGAGAAUUUCACUCUACAGGCCCUGACAUCCUUCUCCACUGAGAUGAUGGAGCUACUAAGAUCACUAAAUGUACAUACACUUAAAGAUGAAGAGAUCCUGCUCCUCAAAGACCCCAAAAGGCUCUUUGAGAGAAAAGAAAAUAUUUCUCAGCAUCAGGCAGGCUGGUCAAGAGCCUUGUGUAUUUUGCGUCAUAGCUCCAGUCCACAGAUAAGUGUUUGCACUAUGCUGGGGUUGUUGGCUCGAUACACAGCUGGCAUAAGGUAUGCCCUGGAGUUACAGGUUCUGCAGAGAGGUACAUCAGAAGCUUGUCAGGCUGAGGAUGAUGACACAAAUCAGUCGGUCUCUUCUAUUGAAGAGGACUUUGUUACUGCUUUUGAACAUCUUGAAGAGGAAGAUGCAGGUGCCCAUAGUCAGCGAAACCUUAGAGAUGUGGCUUCACAAACACUCCCGUCUCACUCGAAAGAAUUGUCAGGAUCAUGCAUCAUAAUAAGUUCUAUAUCCAAAAAAUCAGUGUGGAAGGAAAAAGCCUCUGCACAAAUCUCAGAAUCUGUCCAGAAGUCAACAGCAUGGCCUGAAGAAUCAGAGACUGUGUACACACCUAGUGGUCCCCCAAAGGGACGUUCUAGCUCCACACCUCUCACAGAGUCAGAUGAGUCAGACUGCUCAAGUCCCAGCCCUAUUAUAUUUCUGGAUGAAGUUGGAUAUCAGAAAAGUCUUAAAGCAAAACUUGUCAUUCCCAAGAUCCCAGUUUUAAAAGAGGGAGUGGAAGAUUCUGACUCAGAAGUUAGUGAAUUUUUCGACAGCUUUGAUCAGUUUGAUGAACUAGACCAGUCUUUUGAUUACAAUAUUAAGGUCCUGAAAGAACAGCCCCUCCCAGGUCAAGAAGGAAAGAAGCAUAUUGACAGCUCUGGAUGUAAACUUGUGUCAAGGGGAUGUUCAAGCACAGCAAUGAACCCUCACAAGUUUGAUCAUAGGACUCUCCCUGCCAAUGUCAAGAAACCAACUCCACUCAAACCAGGAUCACCAUACAGUAUUCACUGUGAUGCACCUGAUUCCCCACGGCCACCAAAGACUCCCUGUGAUGAAAACGGGCCACUCUUCAGUCCUGUUCGCUCAUCCGCAUUCAGCCCACUGGCUGAUGGAGGGUCUAUAGAGUAUUUUUGGAAAGCAGAUGGUGAUAGCUCAGAAUUACGUAAACCGAAUGACCUUUGCGCACUGUACAAAUCUUACUCCGACUUUGCCAACAACCUUUCAAAAGAAAUCCUUGGAUCUGUUUGUGGGUACUCCUCCCCUGUUGAUUUUAACAUAAACAAGAACUUGAGCUGUGUCUGUCACAAGGAGUUCCAAAACACUAAUGGACACCUAAUGAAGCUGUCAGAAAUUCAGGAGAUGGUCACCAUCGCCAAGACACAGUCACAGUCUCUAAAGGAUGGGAUUCAGAAGUUUGCUGCAGACUUGGUUGAAAUGAGCCUUGGAAGUGCCUUAAGGGACUUGCAGAAAGGAGUGUCCUCUUGUACCACUACACUUUGCCACUUGGCGGCAAAGCUGACCUCUUCAGUUUUUCAAAUGGCCUUUCAGGAGAUAGGAAUGCGCCAUGCAUAUGUGUUAAAAGAGCGUGCCAUUAACGGAUUGGCUAGUUUUGUUGUAGGGGAAGCCAUAUCUGGAGCCCUUAAAGAGUUUCUGUUUGUGAAAAAGGAGAUUUUUAACAACACUGUCGCACAAUUUGCGGCAGAUCUCGCUGAGGAAUUAGUGUUUGAAGGAAUUAUGGAGGUUUGCCAAUUUUCACAUCCCUCGACACCGCUCACACCAAGUGACUGGUCUUUUGAACAAGAGGAGGAAGUGGUUUCUUCCUAUGCCUCUGACCUGUCAGAGUCAGUACUUCAAGAAGCUUUUAUAGAGCUGUCACAAGCUGAUGUUACUUUUACCACGCAGGCAGCUAUCAGUGUGUCAGUGGAUAACAUAUGCUAUGUGAGUGCUGAGGAGGCAUCUCUGGUCACAAAUACUUGCAGUGCCCAGACCAGCUCUCUUGGAUCUCGGGCUGAAGUAGAGGCUGGAAACCAAGAGCAUAAUGGUUGCACGGUUAAGAAAGCCUUGUAUUGUGUGUCAGGUAUGGUCAGCUGUGUUCCAGUACCUGUGGCUGGUAAGGUCAUAUCCCAUGUACCCAAUUCAGAAGAACCUACUCAGUGUAAAUCCAGUAUCGUGCAGAUAUGUGAGACCAGCCCCAAAAGAACCAUUUGUUGCCAAGGCGAAGCCACAACCUUCACCUCAGAUACCUCUGCCACAACUCAUACUAAAUCAUUGCCAAGUCCUUCAAGAAACCAGGAUACUGAUGAUGAGAAAAUUAUUGGCAAUUCCUCCACUGAAAGCAAUUCUGGUAAACCAUCAAUUGGAAAAAACUUUCAGAACUUCUCUGGCAAUAUGGUAGACAGUAUAGUAGGUGAGGCUUUUGAUCUCAUGCAUUCAUCAACAAAGGUAAAGAAGAAAGUAGAGGAUUGUGCAGACUUUUUGAGCAAAACCAUAGCAGCACAUAUAUCCACUCCAACCUAUGAAAACGUUAAAUCACAGGAUGCUGUUACUCAGAUCUUGCAAGCUCAAAAAGGUCCCUUUCACUUGGUAUCAAAGGGCUCUUGUGACACAGCUUCUAGAAGUAUACAGCCAGUCUCCAAGCCAACGUCAGAGGUUCGAUCUGUCAUUAGAAUGGACACAUUAGAAGUGCCCAGUUUUGACAUUGCCCCCUGCGGUGGUAGAAAAGUAGCAGAUGAGAUUUUUAACGCCAACUGUGUAGCGAAAUUGAUUGAAACCCCUAGCACUCCACCCUCCAGUCCGCAGCUGCCAAUGGAUGAGAACAGUGAGAAACAGGUUAAACAGUUCUCUAAAAAACUCAAAGGUAAGCUUGCAAAAGAAUUUUCUCCUGCAACUCCUCCACCCACUCCUUAUUACCCACCUGCCACAGACUCAAAAGAAAAAGGUUCAGUUACAGACAAAGCGGAUUUCAUGCUAAAGCUCAUUAGGUCUCUCUCAGAAGAGGCUGGCAUCAAUGAAGAUGAGGAAGAGGACCAGGAAGAUGUAACUCGCUCUAGAAAAUGCCAGUCAGAACUGAGCCCUAACAUCAGGCACAGAGUGGUUGAGAGAGGAGCCCUCCAUUAUGCAGAACGUCUAGCAUGCCACAUUGUUUCCAUGGCAACUGAGAUGGAUACGCUAAGCUUUGGAGAUGUUAAAAAGCCUGUGGGUGAUGAUAGCAAAGGCAGUGUUGCCUCACACAGUGCAAAGUUCUCAGAACAGACUUUGAAUUCAUUGUGGACAUAUGCUGGAGAAGUUGCGGGAGAAGUCAUCAAUGACGUAAAGAGGAUGUUGAGCUCAACCCAUUGCCGUCACAAAUCGACAAAAAGAGGAUCUGCAAACUCUGCAGACAAGCGUCAUAGUGAAGAUUAUAGGGAUGGCCUGCUUGGAGGUUUGGCCUAUCAAUGGUCUGGUGACGUCCAGGCAUCUGUCCAAAACUCUCAGAGUGGCUGUACAAGCGGUAUGUCUUCCGACUAUCCAAGCUGUGAGAGUGUCACUGAUGAAUAUGCAGGAUACCUCAUUAAAGUUCUCAAGAAGGAGGGAGGCAGCCGAGAGCUUAUAUUGGAUCAGUAUGCCACUCGUUUGGCCUAUCGAUCUAUUAAAUCAGGCCUUGCUCAUGCCACACAAAAAAUAAAGCAAAGAUCCCCUUUAAGGCUACAAUCUUCUAGGCUUUUACACAAUGAUCACAGCCAUGAUAUUUCUCAUAUCCCCAAAUCCAAUUCAUCCCAGCGUGUUCUUUCUCAUGGAAUAGAUGGAUCCACUUGUGAAUCUCUUCCAUGUGCUUAUCAAGAUGGCCAAGAAAUAAGUAGUAGUGAAUAUGUAGAACUUGUGAACUUCGCAGAGUCGUUGGCCUACAACAUCACGUGUGAUGUUACAAGAAAGCUUCGAAUGUCAUCCGUUAGACUGCCGAAAUCUCUUACUGAUUCUUGCCUCUAUAGGAAAUCUAAUGUAGAGGACAUGGCAGAAAAUCAAAUCAGAACUACGUUUUCAGGCCCACUUUUACCCUACACUGAGACUAACAGACUCUAUCACAGCACUGGCAGCCUGAUUGAUGGCAAAUGCAACAACGGCAUCAUGCAAGUGAUUGAACAUUAUGCUAGGAAGAUUGUCGAUGACACGUUGGAGAUGACACUGGGGCCAGCAUGUUUUCAAGCAGCAGUGGACAGGAGAGCCUUAGAACCCAAUUCUUUCACAGAAAAGCUGGCCAAAGCAUACGAUUCCUGUCGCUACUGCCAAGGUCGAGAUUGCUUGUUUUGCAGCAGAGACGGUCGACGGUUGAGUUUUCAGGGACUGAAAAGGAGACGACAACAAGAUUCUGAUGCCCUGACUGGACUGGAAAUUCCUCGAAUUCACAUUGAUUUGGAUAAGAGAACUGCGUUUGCUGAAGAAAUGGUCUCCAGUGCAGUUGAGAAAGCGAAAAAGGAACUGAGCUGUACUAGCCUGAAUGCAGACAGCGGAAUUGGUCAUGAUGGCGCAAGCUUUGCAGAAAGUCUCACCACAGAGAUUAUGACAUCCGCAUUAUCCAACGUCUGCCAAACCAUUAACCUUGGUUCUCCUAGGAGAGAAGGUGUCAAUUUGACAGAGUCAACAGUGAGUCAGCAGCUCAGUUUGAGUGUUGGCGAUGACAGUCUUGGUAGUUGGUCCAAUUUAAGCUUUGAAGAAGACCACCCAGAUGAGAGCAGCAGCUUUCACCAUCUGAGUGACAGCAGUAAUGGAAACAGCAGUAGCUGGAGCAGUCUGGGUUUAGAAGGGGAGGUUUAUGAAGAACAUUUGUCAUUCUCUCCAUCAGACAGUGACUACACAGAAGAGAAGGAGGCAGAGGCCAGGGAGGUUUCAGGAUCUGUGCGAAUGGAAAGGGAAGCAGGGCCAGCAGAAAGAGCUCUGCUGGUGGCGAGUACAGAUGUGUGGGGUCGGGGUCUGGAUCCCCAGCUGACAGCUGUACUCCAGUGGAUAGCCGUCUCUAUUGCUGAUAUACCUUUAAUGCAGCUCAGCCAUUGCACAGCUCCGGAGCUCCAGCAGCUGCCAGCUGUAGCACAAAGACUGAGGGAGAGAGAGUUCAGGGUCGGGGAUCUCCUGCAAGCUGUGCUGAGGUACUUUGAAGAACAUCACGGUGAAGAAGAUCACGAGGCUGGAGGCCAUAAGAACCUUUUCCAGUGGCUUCUAGAACAGGCCUAAAUCACAAUCACACGCUGCUGACAAUGGUUAGCCAUUAAAAGAUGAAGUUUCCUGUCACUUAAGAGUGAUCUGCAAUGUAUCUGCCAAAUUAGAGGCAUAACCAGUUGAAUGUGUUUGUCUAGGGUAUUGCUUCUGCACCCGUGGCCACCCAGGGGGCGCCAUAGAAACAACUGAAGUGAUCUAAGAGCCAUUUGUCCAAGUGUGUGUAUUGCAUGCUGUGACCAUAAGUAAUUUUUGCUUGCUUUGACCUCUCUUUUAGUUGUCGUAUUUUCUUGAAGAUAAGACUGCACAUCACACGUUUUGAGCCGCAUAACUGAUACAUACAUGUUCUGCUUUGCCAUUUCCCAGAGUAUUAUAACACAAAUGGAAUGUUAUGAGUUGGUUUCACAUUUGGGAAUCCCCAUUGCUGCAGGGAAGCUUUUGUCACCUUCAUACCUCUCCUUUGUGGUGAUGUUUCCACUUGUUAAUGGGACCAUCCAAGCAAUUCAGCACAGUUCCAGGCCACUGGAGGGUAUUGCAUUAUACAUAAGAAAGACAAUUACAGUCCGGGAUGAUUUUCAUAAUUAUUUAAUUGAAAUUUUUACUCAGUGCAGCACAUUUUGGCAGCAGCACAUUUUGGCAACAGAAGAUGGAUACCAGUAAUAACAAUGUAAAAAAUAAUUCCAUUGAUUUACCUCACGGUAAUGAAAGUCACUCAAAAUAGUUGCUGUUAUCAACAGAUAUUAACUCAUGAACUUUUUUCAAAUCAUAAUUUCGGAAUAAUAAGGCCAUGAUUAAAAAUAUGAUAUAUAUACUGUAGCUUUAGGAGUUCAUAUUGGUUUCCAAUUAUUUUGUAUCCAUAUAAAUAUGAUUUUACUGUACAGAACGUAAAGUGAACUGAAAGGAACUGUCUACACUAAACACUUAAACAACAACAGAUGUAGUUCACUAAAGACUGACAUAUUUUUGUUGAAAAGUUACAGAGUCCCAUGCAUUUACUUUAAGCUGCUAAACACUUAACUUGCAUUCGCCAAAUGAGGAAACUCAUAGUAGAUAUUCAAAAGCAUUGAACCUUGUCUAGAAGGUGACAUUUCAUUUUCUGACUGCCUAUUGGCACUAUCCAAACAUUGAAGGUUACUGCGAUGCACUGAUGAGAAAACACAUGCAGUGAGUAUAAUCUAUAAUCGUCACCUAGCAUGGACACUACAUGAGGGACUGAUCGAAAGUCUCUUUCACACUGAAUGUUGUACUUUACUCACUGCUUGUCGUUUAGUGUGUACUAUACAUUAAUAUUGCACUUUACUGAGGAAGGGUUACGAAGGCAAUUCCCUAAAUUUUUUACUAGAGCCCAACAUUGUCAGUGUGUAUUAAAACAAUUCCUAAACAAUAAAUCAUCAAAUACUAGUAGGUACUUACAGCCAGGCCCCAAAGGAUAAGUGCCCUUUAAGUAUUUUCCCACAUCAGUUUCGCACACAAAAUUAAAGUUACUGAACUGUAUGCUUUUUACUGAUUCAAACCUGUAGGAUGUUAAAAAAUGUAUCUGUUCCACCAAAAAAUAGCGACAUACAGGUUUUGAACGUGAGGGCAAGUUCUAUUCUAGUGAACUUCAUCUUAGAUUUGUUGUGCUCAAAUACUGGUCAGGUUAUAAAUUAGAUCGAUAAGAAGAUGAACAUUAAACAAAGGCAUUCGUACCGUGGAAAGAUCGCUGUACCUUGUCCUUGCACUGCAAUAUGUAUGAUGUGCUUUCAGUACAUGCUUUGUGUAUUUAUCUUUAUGUGUGCAUGGAUGUUCUCUUCAUGUUAUCUUCAAUACUGAUUUAUUCUCUUGUGCAUAGUUUAUAUCCGGCCAACACCAUAUAUGCUCCCACGGCCCAUGACUCAUUCAUGAAACACAUUUCUGUAUCCAUGUGGUUAAGUAACAUCAACAGUGACAAAUAUGUUUGGAUCAAGACUUACACGGUAUUUGUUUACAUUCUUUGAAACGUUUUUAAAACCUGCCAUACACUGUUGGUCAUUCUCCUAUAUGGUAGAAGUAAAUAUCGGCAAAACCGUAAUGUGUAAGAAGUACUUAAAACUAAGAAAAUGUGUUCUUGGAAGGUUAGUAGGAUAAAUAAUGUGAGUUGGCGCAACAAAUGUCAUAACCAUCAACGCUGCCUCGUUCUCGGUGGAAUUGUAUAUGCAUCUUUGCUCUUGCUAUAGAUGGUCCACCCUCAUGUAACUAUUCACUUUAUUUUUGUGUACAUUCCUAUGCUUCACGAAUGAUAUAUUGAUAUUUUGUGUUAUCUGAGGCUGCAUAUACAAUGUAGGGUUCAUGCCAUACUAAACAGAUGGAUAUUUUGUUACUCAUGCAGUAUUCCUCCAUUGUGUCUCAUAGUGUAGUGGGCAAAUGAUACACAUUUACAUCUCUAUUUUUUGCCCAUUUGUAUACCCUUGCCAAAUAAUAUAUUUAAUAAUUUAUGUAAGUAUAAGUUGCAAUGGUGAGUACACUACCUGUUCCCCCAGUGAAGUUGCUAAGUAGUUUACACUUUUAAGCUUAAUGCACUAUACCUGUACACUGUAAAAAGCUAUGGGUAAUAAAGCUUUUUCAUUCCAA